CAAUGAAAUUACCUCCUCGAUUUUAAAACAUUAUUAAGUUUUUGGAGGGAAAAUCACACACCCCCAAAAUAUAAUUUUCCCACUCCCGCCAUUGAAAUCAUCUCUCUCUCUCUCUCUCUGGGCUAUUCGAUGCUUUUGACGAGAGCAGAUACUCUUCCGAUCUCAACAUGGCGGAACUGAAAGGCGACAAAGAAAAACAGGACGGUCUAGAAAUCACAUCCAUCGGCUCCCUCUACACCGGUCCUUGGGACAAGAAGUAUUGGAGCUCCUCUAGGGGUAAAGGCCGGUAUCCUUAUCCAGUUGGGUAUGAAGCUGUUCGAGCUCAUAAUGGAAGUACAUAUAAGAUGGAAAUUCAUGAAGGUCCUAAAGGGCCUAUGUUUAUUAUUUCUACUGCUGAUGGACAUUCAUCUUCUGGGCAAACUCCAGACAUUGCAUGGGAGAAAUUCCAAAAGAAGUAUUGUCCCCAUGUGAAGAUUUGGCAUGGAAAGAGAUUUUCGUGCAACAUAGAUGGUGUGGAGUUUUUUGGGUUUAAAAAUUCAUUUGUUCAGAGGCUUCUUCGAGAAAUUGUGGCGAAUGUUAGUGGAACUAUAGAAAAGAAUCUAUUGUCCUCCAGCUUCUGCAAAGAGGGCCCUAAAGCAGAUCAUAUUAGUAGCCACCCUGAUGCACAAGCGCAUCAUGAUUUACUGCCCUUGGACAGAUCACAGAUAAUAGGAAAGAGAAGUAGGAGACUCAAAAUCGUGAAUACAAAGUCAUCCAACAACGCUAAUCUCAAAAGAUCAAGGUCUCAAGCUCUGGCUAAUGUUGCUGAAGCAUCAAAUAGAAUUGAAGAGAACCAAAGAAUCAUAGCUACUGGGAGUCCCUUGCCUUCUUUUAAAGGAAAGUGUGAUGACAAUGAACAGCCAACAAUCGUGCCACGAUCAGUGAGUCACAUUUCAGAGAGUGACUUGCCAUUGAAUUUGGUUGACAUCUCCAAUAAUCUUAGAAACAUUGUGCCUUCUGAAGAAACAAGGUUGGUGGUUCGUUCAAGAAAUUGUGCGUCCACUAAUCUAGCUGGCAAAUUGCUGACCGAGGAAAAAUAUCUUGACAGGUUGCAAGGUACUGAGGUGGAAGACUUCAUUUCUCCAAUGUCACUUGAAGUAAAAAAUGGGGAGCAUCCAGGUCUGAGAGAUGAUCAAGUUGCGAAUGAUGUAGUGCUUUAUGUUCCUGAUACCUCAGAUUUGGUGCAAGAUGAUACUGCUGAUAAUGGUCCAAGUGUCCAGGAUAAAAGAGAAUCGACUGCAGCAGACAUGAUCAUUUCAGAAGGUUUGGUGAGUGAAACUGAUCCAGAAGAAGAAAGAGGCACAUCCAAUUCCAAUGGAAGUUCUCAAAAGAGUGACUUUGAUUCAGUUGGUCAAGAAACAGCCAAGUCUAUGAUGUCAUUUCUUCUUCCUCAAGCAGUUCCCUUGCUAAAAAAGUCCUCAAGGAAGAAAAAAGCCGCUGUUAGCUCUUCGGAAAUUAUGCCUUUUGGGGAGAAUACUCCGGAGCUAAAUAAAAAAACUAAUGUUUCAUCUCCAGCUGUAUUGGUCACUGAGAAUAAAAUGGUGGAUUUGAAGGAGCGGAUGAAUGUCCAAAUUACGAAUCUGCAUUCAGCUGAUGCAGAAAACAUUGUUACCCUUGACAAUUUGAGGGAUCAAAUAUAUGGUGAACAUGCAUCUUACCAUGAGAUAUUGCCCUCUUUUGAUGCCAAAGCCGAUCAAGUUAGAUUUAAUGACAAAGCAUACCCUUGCAACGCAUGCGGACAAUCUAUUGGGAUUGGGGAGGAGUCAGAUUGUUUUCUUGAGAACAGUGAAAGCAAAGAUAUAUUCUGUUAUGAUGAAGUACACAUGGAUCCAAGCGGAAUGCUUCAUCAGGGUGAUGUCAUAUCCAAGUCUAUGCCAAGUUCCACCGUCCCCUUUAAUAAUGAUUGUGCUGAAGAAAUCAGGGAUGCUUGUCACUCAGCAGGCAGGUUGCGUUCUUCAAAUAUAUCGCCAGAAGAAUCUUGUGUUAAAAAUGUUGUUGAUAAUUGUAGUAAGACAUCUACUGAGGUUCCAAGAUUAGUAUAUUCCAGAAGAAGGGAGCAGGUUAAAGCCAUAACUCAGAUAAAGGGAAAGUACAAUUUUCCUCUCUCAGAAAGUAUCAUAUGUAGUAAUGUUGAAGAUAAUCAUGUCUCUGAAACAUGUCCUAGUAGAAAUCCAAUAGCCUUGGAGACGGUGGAAAUGGGUUCUUCUGAUGAAAAAUCACAUACAAAAGAUCUUGGACUUGGUGAGCUUAUUGGUUGCUAUCUCCACCCACUUCCUGUUUUGUCAUUACUGGUGUGCACAACAGGCGAAGACAUCCACAUUUGUGUUUUAUGUGGCCUUCGGGUUAACAAGGACAGGACCCUUUUUAUCUAUAAAAUAGCAACUCAAGAGCCAAGAGUUGGAUAUCCCUCUUUUGUGGGUCACACAUCAGUGACACUGCCGUCUCUAAAAGAUUAUUUUGGUAAAGAAAUUGCUCUGGAAAGAUCUGGCUUGCAAUACACUCCAGGAGGGCAAUAUCUUGUUUUGCUUGACUGCAUUAGAACACCUUAUUGCAGGCAAGGGACAAUUCCUUGUUUGUGCCCAGCAUGUGCAUCAGGCAGCUUUGAGGAGGAUGCGGUGAAGAUUGUAGAAGUAAAACUGGGAUAUGUCUCAGUAGUUGUAAAACUGAAAACACUUGAGAGUUUACAGUGUGUAUUGGUUUGUGAACCUAACCAUCUUGUUGCCGUUGGGGAGAGCGGGAGAUUGCAUCUGUGGGUUAUGAAUCCAGCAUGGAGUGCACAAACAGAGCAAUUCAUCCUGCCUGCGAAUGAUCUCGUAUCCCCUGGCAUAGUGGAGUUAAAGAGAAUUCCAAAAUGUGUUCGUCUUGUUGUUGGCCAUAAUGGAUUUGGGGAAUUCAGUUUAUGGGACAUUUCAAAAAGAAUCCUUGUUUCAAAAUUCUCUACAUCAUGCACUUCUUUCAGUGAAUUCUUUCCUGUCGCCUUGUUUGGUUGGAAAAAGAAAGGACAUAGUUUCGGCGACUGUAAUGUGCAUGGACAUGUCAAUAGAAUGAUGGCUGCAACGAAUAUGUGGUUCUCAGAGCAAACCAAUGACGAUUCCCUUCCACUGUUAGAGGAGGAGAUUGCUGUCUGGCUUCUUGUCUCCGUUCCAUCUGAUUCUGAUGAUCACCAUGACUAUACAUCCGGCGACUAUCAUACAAAAUCAGUAGGAUGGUGGCGGCUUGCUCUACUGGUGAAAAAUAUGGUAAUCCUGGGAGGUGCAUUGGAUCCAAGCGCUGAAGCUAUUGGUGCCUCAGCUGGUCACGGAAUCAUUGGUACGUGUGAUGGACUUGUGUACAUAUGGGAAAUGUCCACAGGAACUAAACUUGGCACCUUGCAUCAUUUUAGAGGUAGCUCCGUUUCAUGUAUUGCUACCGAUGAUUCGAAGAAAGGUGCUGUAGCCAUCUCUGGUGGCGAAGGUCAGUUGCUGGUUUAUCUGCUCUCUCAAAAUAACAAACCAAACUAGCAAGGACGAAAGCAAGUUGUUUCUCUAUCUUGCUCUAAUUUCAGAGCCGGGAUAUGGAAACCAAUCAACCUUACACUUUUUGCACUCCCAUUAACGGAGGCUAACUUGGCAAUAACUGCCAUUCAGCAAGGUAACAUGUACUUUUAACUGUAUAGUGUAAAUAAAUGUGAGUAUAGUAAUU